AUGUUGUCGCCCAUUAAUUCAGCACUAACUUCCCCACUCAGUUCACCACACCUAGCAAAGCGCCCAGGAGAUGAUUCUGAGCUUCUCAAAGCAAUCACAACAUCUGGCCAUUUAAAAAAAUGGAGAUCACAAGACCCACUGUAUGAGUUUUGUAUGGCAGGCAAGAAGGCUGUAGUUUUAGUGGACACAUUCGAUUUAUCAGCUCGUUUGGGUGCGCCUCCAAUUCCCAGGCAAUCAAGCAAGGCAAACCGGGGUCUCAACCAUCCUCAACUUGCACGUGCACUGUGUCCUAUGAAAUGGGUUGAGCUUUUUGGUGAGGAUCCUCAAGCUGGUAUGAUGAGAUUACAGGAUGGCACAUGGCUGGUUAUAGCAGCAAACUGGCCAACAAUGCUCUACACAGAUGGUGCAAUUUACAAUGAGCAAGAUCCACUUGAUAUGGUGGCAAACCGUCCAAAAAGUAAAAUCUUUGGUCUUACCGAAGUCACACCAGAGAGCUGGGCAUGGUCUUUAUGUAGUGGAUGGUUUUCACUGAACAGCUGUCAGUCUUUCCAGACAACAAUUGGAUUGUUUCAGCUGGAGGAAUAUUUUAACAUUAUCAUUGAAACUCUCAGCGACCCGGAUGACGAAUGGGCUGUGGAGAUAUUGUCAUGGCUUACAGAACAAGUAUAUGGGAAGAGAAUGUCGACAAAACCUACUAUCACAGACGAUACCAACACUGAUCUUGCUAAAAUAAGGGCCAAAUGUGCCGCCCGUCAACUUGCUAAGGCCCAUGUAAACACAGAAGGCAAUGCACAAACCAAAGAUUUUUCUGGUCCGAGUAACAUUGCAACAUUGAUCUCCGAGUCUGCUCCCCAGGACAGCUUACCAGUCUUGACGAGUAUGACCUCUGUUCAGGCAACCACUCAACCCACUAUUCCCACAAAUUGUGUUCAGAAGCAGGUCCAAGUCACUAAAACAACCACCAAAACACCAACCGGCAAGAAGAACUCUACAAGACCCAAGCCAAAACCAAUCACACAAACUCGCACAUCAGCUUGUCAAGUUUCUCAAACUACCCCACUUUCCUAUUUGGACUCAGUCCAAGUCUGA